AUGGCGGCCCCGCUGAGGGUCCUGCUCCUGGCGCUGCUCGCGGCGGGGGCGGCGCUGGGGGACGGGGGGACCUGCCGGGGGACCGGGACAGGAACCGGCACCAGGCCCGGUGACACCGAGAGCUGCCGGGUGAGCCUGAGCCUGGAGCACUCCUUCGAGCUGGAUGACGCCCCGCGGUUCCAGCGCAGGGGGACCCUGUCCUUGAGCCCCGGCCCUGACCCUGCCCUGGCCCUGACACAGAAACCCCUCGGGGACGAGGACAGAGCCCGGCUCAGGGAGGUGGCCGCCCGGGACGGGCUGUACCGGGUGCGGGUGCCCCGCAAGGCCUCCGGCCCCGGAGAGGAGGGGGGGGCCGGGUACGUCACGUCCUUCGUGCGGGCGUGUGCCCUGCUGGAGUCACACCUGUCGGACCAGCUGACGCUGCACGUGGACGUGGCGGGGAACGUGGUGGCCCUGGGGGUGGUGGCAGUGCCGGGGACCUGCCGGGGGACAGAGGUGGAGGACGUGGACCUGGAGCUCUUCAACACCUCGGUGGCCCUGAGGCAGCCCCUGCCCGCGGCCACCCCCGAGACUGCCGCCUUCAUCCGGCACCUGGAGCAGGAGCAGGCACAGAGAGCCCGGAACCCCCAGGAGCAGAAAUCCUUCUUUGCCAAAUAUUGGAUGUACAUCAUCCCCAUCGUGCUGUUCCUCAUGAUGUCUGGAGCCCCCGACGCGGGGGCACAGGGAGGGGGCUGGGGGUGGGGAGGGGCGGGGGUCAGGUGA